AUGGAGGAUGACCUGGUUGACACAACACUUAAACGGGUCUCCGAACUCGAGAAGACAAAUGUGGGUCUUGUGGCCGAAAUAAAGGCGCUUUCUGAACAGGUUGCCGAAUUGCUAAGGGUGAAGCUUACCGAAGAGGAAGAGGAAGCCGCGCGGAUUAAAAGGGCAGAGGCCAUCUUCCCAGGACUUACAAAGAAAGCAGCCGCUCAAGCAGCGGAGGAUGCUGAGCGGUUGGAAAGGCAAAAACGGAAGCUGGAAGAAUUCGCAGCCGAAAACAAGAAGAAGAAGGCGGCCACCUCCGCUUCAACGCCGAAAAAGCGAAAGAGGGAGGCCCCUAAGAAAGUUCAAAUAGCCGAGCUGCUCAAUGAGGUCACUGAACCGGUCAUCACGAGUGCAUCGCAGCAGGCCGGCCAAGUCGAAGAGGAAGUCGAAGAACAAUUGCAGUCCCGGUCUACAAAACGACGACCUUCCGAACCGACCAGUCGACAGCAACCGAAGAAGAAAAAGAGCAUAUACGACUUUUCGGACUCUGAAUAG